CCUAAAGACUGAUGAACCAGAAGACUCCCAACAAGCUUCUGUGGCCGUUUAUGUUCUAUCAUCUUUAACCUUGCCUUUUAUUUGUGUUGCUCCAAUCCUUUGUUGAACUGCAUUUUCUAGUAAUAACUGUGUAUCGCUUGUGUGUGUUAUUGACGUUAUUGCAGGUUGAUGGAAAACGACACAUUUAACAGCUUGACGCUGCGGCUGGAGGGGCUGAAUGUCUGGAAGAGUUACUUCUACCCGGCCUUUAUCUUCCUCUUGCUCUCAUAUAUCUUUAUAAUGCUCAUGAAUGUCGGCAUUGCUGCUGUCAUUUUGUUGGACAAGAGCCUUCACCAGCCCAUGUAUCUCCUGUUCUGCAACCUGCCGUUGAACGACCUGCUCGGUAAUUCUAUCCUGCUGCCUCGUUUGCUUUUGGACAUGUUAAGGCCUCGCUCUGAGCUCUUCAUCAGUUAUUACGAAUGCGUGGUCCAAGCUUUCACCACUCACAUGUCUGGUACCACUGCUCACACCGUGCUGAUGAUUAUGGCCUUUGACAGAUAUGUGGCCAUCUGUUAUCCUCUGCAAUAUAAUAUGAUAAUGACAAACAAGAUGGUGAUGAAGCUGACGGCGUCGGCCUGGGGAGUGGCUCUUGUUUUGGUCGGGAUUCUACUUGGUCUGACCCUCCGUCUGAACCGAUGUAGGACUCUAAUCACAAAUCCCUACUGUGACAACGCCUCGCUGUUUAAGCUGUCCUGUGAGAGUGUGUUGAUUAAUAAUAUCUACGGACUCACCUUCACUGUAGUUCUGUUCACAGGUUCUAUCGGCAGCAUGGUUAUCACCUAUACAAAGAUCACAGUCGUGUGUCUCACUAGUAACAGCAAGUCUCUGAACAGUAAAGCCCUGAAGACCUGCAGCACUCACCUGGUUGUGUACCUGAUCAUGUUGAUCAGUGGAAUGUGUAUUAUUGUUCUGCAUCGUUUCCCUCAGUACUCAGACUACAGGAAGCUUUCUGCCAUCUUGUUUCUUAUCGUCCCUGGUAGCUUGAACCCCAUCAUCUAUGGCAUGCAGUCUGCAGAAAUCGGUAAAGCCUUGUCUAAAUUGUUCCCGUCCAAACAGGUCAUGCCGUGAGGUUUAAAGUUGAUGACCAAAGUUUUACAACAUCAAACACAACCUGAAGUUCUUAGUUGUGUUUAAAAAAUGUUUUGAGCUUAAUAACGUUUGAUGUAUAUGUUAACAAAAAAGAAUUAAAUGUAAUUCCCUUAUUCCUUCCUACCCACACCGUCUUGUCUUUGUACACUGGGGACCCGUUGUGAGUGCAUGACAGAGCUGCAACUACUGAUCUGAAAGAUGUUAUGCACACAAGUAUGCUAUGUUUAUGUAUAAAUAUUAUAUUCUAUAU